AUGGCUCAAAAAAUGGUCGUGGCCCUGGUGGGACUUAUCCUAUGCCACCUAUCUUGUUCCAUAAGUGUCGAAGAGAUGCCAACUGUUGACCUAGGCUAUGAAAUCUAUAGAGCAUCGUAUUUCAAUGAAACUGGCGCAUUUUACAAUUUCAGCAACAUUCGAUACGCUGCGCCACCUACUGGGAAUCGACGAUUUCGUGCGCCUCAUCUGCCUUUAACAAACCGUUCUGUUAUUCAAGAUGCAUCGAUUGGAAGAGUUUGUCCACAAGCUUAUCCUAAAUGGUUUACUCUUGAAGGUGCCUUCGUGCCGGAUUACCUAUCAGGAAUAUCAUUCAAUGGCUCGAGAAAUCUGUCUAGUUAUCCAUAUAUUCCGACGCCUUUAGACCCAAGAACGACAGAAGAUUGCCUGUUUCUAGAUAUCUUGGUUCCGAAGAUGGUUCUGGAACAAACGUCCAUCCGUAAGCAGGUUGACCAGAGAAAGGCCCCGGUUCUGGUCUGGAUCUACGGCGGCGGAUAUACCUUUGGAGAUAAGACGACGCAGACUGGGGCUCCUGGGCUUAUCAGACGAAGUAUGAAUGAUGGCAAUGACGGUGUGAUUUUCGUGGCAUUUAACUAUAGGCUCGGUGCUUUUGGCUGGCUGGCAGGUCCGGAAUUCGAGAAGGACGGAAAUCCUAAUGCCGGUUUACUUGACCAGCAAAUGGCCUUGGAAUGGGUACAAAAGUAUAUUCAUCUCUUUGGUGGAGACCGUGCAAGAGUAACAGUAUUUGGAGAAUCUGCCGGUGGCGGAUCUAUUCUUCAUCAGAUCACGGCCUACGGGGGAUCCAGGGGCAAGUUACCUUUUCAACAAGCUUUGCUCCAGAGUCCCGGAUUCCUGCCUCUUCCUGAUAGAGAGCGCCAGGACCGCACAUUCAAACGGAUGCUUGACAUUCUGAAUGUGACCUCAGUUGAGGAGGCUAGAACUUUACCUUCAGGGGAAUUAAUAUCCGGAAAUGCUUAUCACAUUGGCGAAUUUUCGUAUUACGGGGAUUUCACCUUCGGACCAGCUGUUGAUGGUGAUUUUGUCCCUGCGUUACCAGGUCAGCUACUGAUGAAUGGCCGGUUCCACAACAGUCUGAGAAUAAUGGUAGGCUCAAACUCGGAUGAAGGUCUCUUAUUCAUUACCCCCGAGGCACUGAAUGCCAGUGGAUACGAGUUAUAUUUAACUGAAAACUUGCCACCAAAUCUCGCCGAAUCUAUUCGACAGUAUAUAUCAGAUGAAUUAUACCCACCCAUUUUCAAUGGCAGCUAUGGGUACAUGGAUGGAAUUGGCAGAGGUGCGUUAACUCUGUCCGAUUUCAGUUUUCAAUGCAAUACCGACUACGUCAAUCGUGCUUUCGGAAACCAUACCUAUGCAUAUCGAUUUAGCAUACCACCUGGGGUUCAUGCAGAGGACCUCCCAUACACGUUCUAUAACGGUCCUAACCCUGCCGUUUUAAACGACACCGUUGCUUUGAUUCUACAGGAUUACAUCACGAGCUUCGCGAAAACGGGACAUCCAGUAUCGAAAAUUGGGCCAAGUUUCCCAUUGCAUGGAGAAAAUACAACUGUUUUGAAUAUAGAUUUAGAUAAUAUUUUUGAGAUGCGAGAUCCAGCUGCGAGUGCGAGGUGUCGUUGGUGGCAAAGAGGUCUGUAUGCUUGACUGUUUUAACUUUCCGUGUUGUAUACAAGGCAACUAGUAUAGUGAGUCUUUCUUGCAGGGAUUAAGCUUCUCUAGCUUGCGCACCUGGCAAUCUGUUUAUCAUCUGGGCUAUCGUAAUUUAAAUACUUGUACGCAACUCUUCAAAACAGGUUGAACAGUACGAACUUUGCGGUUACUUCGUCGACAAACCACUUCAAAGUUGCUGGUACAAGGCUCUGAGCUUCAUAAGUUGAACGUCUUUGAAUUUACUGAGAACGAAGCGAAACAGACAUUAACUUUCACUAGGC